UAGUUAGGCUGAUGUAGGCAAGUCAAAAAAAUAAUUGGGCUGCCGAUCGUUCUGUUUUUUAGUUAGUAUUAUAUAAAAAAAUGUAAAUAUGUAAACUUUGUGAUAUAAAUGUUUUAUAACAAGAUUUUAUUAAGAAAUUAACACUACACCAAGUAACUUAAUUGGUUCUGUUAGUACUGCCCAAACAUGUUAAAUUAUGUUCGGUACUUUACACAGUCUCACAGUCUGACGUACUAGAAAUCGUUUUUACCACUGUCGUUUUUACCACUGAGUAUCCACACUCUCAUAAAUCGUUAGGAAUUUCAUUAAGCUUACCAAAAAGCCAGAUAAACACUUGUGAUUUAGCUUUGAGGUUCUUCAGUUUUGUUUUGUCUUCUUUAAAAAAUCUUAAGUGGUAUCUUACUGAAAAGUUAAGCAGGGUGAGAGGUUGAAUUCAUAUAUGUGGCCUUCCUCACAGAGCUUCUGCCGUGUAAACCAGGUUAACGGUCCCUGUUAAUUAUCGCAAAAAAUGGGCGUUAUAGCUGUGGGCGUUGUGUGUUGAAACACGACAUAUUAAAAGUACCAUAUUAUUUUUGGUUUUAAAGAUUGGCCACAAGAUAAUCUUCAUAAAAUCUGUAAAAAAAAAGUUGAAUUGAUUUAUUUCACAUAUCUACUGAUUUCAGUACGAUACGCGUCCUAAAAAUUUACAACGUCAAUCCGGCUUAUCAGUUUAGUAUUCCCCUGCUACUAGUUGCUAUCUGUUGAAAUAUACCGGUUAAGAAUAAAAAAAAUUAGUUGUUAAAAUCGUAUUUUCUUGUUAUAUUAAAAUCCAUUUCACAUCUUCAUAUAAAAAUAUUAAAUUGAAUUAUAUUUUAAACUAAUAAUUACUUGGAACAUAAAAAAGAAGAGUGCUGGUUCUCGUCGUAGAAUGUAAUAUAUUUUUAAAGUUAUGUGUUAAUGUUAUUAUGAGCAUCAGAUUCAUGGAUUUAGCAACAGCUGAUGACAUCAACUACUACAUUUCGAAGCUUCUUUGUUGGCAGUAGAAAUCGCUCAAAUCAAAAGUUUACCGAAGUUACCGAAACGAAAACCGCUAAAAAGAAUCCUAACUUGGACGUCAGUUAUGAGACUGAAUCACAAAAUUAAUCCGUGUUAAGAAAUGAAAGCAAGUCACGAAACAGUGUUUAACAACCUCGUCUUAUCCAGACUCUUCUUUUUGUCUUUGGAUAUAUGGUCGGCGGGAUUUCUUAUUACGGUGAAGGAAGUCCAGGGGUUUAGUCUUGUCCCAGGAUUUUUUAAGUUUUUUUACAUUGGGAAAGAAACAUAAAAACUUUCCGGUUCCGUCCCAAUGUAAAAGUAGCUACAAAGUCAUGGGCACGAGGUUGCACACUUGUGGUUAGUGUAUGGGGCAAUGAUUGUGUUUACCUGGGAGUCUACUAUAGCACUAUGUUCGGCCUGAAAUUUUUGCAAAAUAGACUGUCUACAAUCCCUCAGAAAAUUUCUGAGACUGCCUCCCCCUACCACUAAAUUCAAAGUUGUGUCUCUGAAGUGCAGGUUUGGCUUCGCUACACACAUUCUGUCAGUUUCACAUUCAACAUUGAGGUAGGGGGAGGAGGAAGCUAUCAUACAAACCAAGUCACAUCUUAUUAAUUGCAGUCUCAAUAAUUUUUGUGAGGGAUUGUAGAUUAUGAAAAUAAUGACUUGUGUAUUAUAACAUCUCAUUGUUGGACGUAGUCUAAAAAAAGGAAGGUUUUUUAUUUAGGAUUGGGGUGAAAACAAUUGUAUCCCUGGCUUCCCCCUUCCCUCUUGUACAGGUGCAGGAGAUUUGUUUUUAUGCAGUAGCUUUCGUUCUGAUGCUUAUUCUUUGCUCGCUCUAAUUAAAACUUCCCGCGCGGUAAUAUUAGGACUUGAGUAAAAGCAUGAAGGAAAGGUGGAACAGUAAAUACUUUUUAUUUUUAUUUCAAAAAAAACUUGAAGGUAAAGAUGAAGUAUAGCUAUAAUGUUUUCUUUGUGGAUUCUAAAACCCAGAACCCAGAAGUGUUUUUUAUAUCAGUAAACUUUACGGGCUUGAGGUUUAACGUGGACUUUUUUCUUUCGCUAGAUAGUGUUAAUUUUUACGCAGUGACAUUGAAAGGGCAAAAACGCCUUACGCAAAAGUUUCUUCAUAGGCUACUUGUGUUUAUUUGAAUUGUUUAUAUUUUGAAGUGGUAUGCACAGCGCAAGUCACACGCGGGUACACACAACCAACCUAAACAUCUUUCAAUGAUACCAAAGUCAACAUCAACAUUAAUAAAAUCAAACAUUGGUUUUAAUUUACACAAGGAUUUUCACUACCUGCGUAAAAUCUCGUUAUGCGAUUGAAUGUUUUUUAUAAACGCAGUUGUUCAAACCAAUCAAAUUCAUUUAUAUUUUUAAUAUUCGCGCGAAAAAAUGUUACAUUGUUGAAAGCUAGUAAAUAUUUGAAGUAUUAAGUAAUUUAAGAAAAGUUUUGUUUAUUUGGAAAUAACGUAAUUCCUACGUAAGAAGAACGCGAAACAGUCUACAACAAUGUAAAUGUUUCUAUAAAGCUUGAAACAAGGGCGCUUUUUCGUCCAUUUUAAUUUUAAAAAAAGCGCGCCAAGUUUAAUCUCGUUCCCAGGGAUUUUUUCCCUUUCUGACAAUUUCGGACGGGGAGAAGAGUGAGAUUCACCCUUGCAUGUAUUUUUUCACAACCCUAAAAUGUAAGACAAGUUAGUUUUUGACAAUAAAGUAAUUUUAAGCCAAUCUUUUCCUCGCAUAAUCGUUACAGAUACUUACAUAUAAUUUGUUUUAGCUAUUAUAGACUUGAUUUAACUUUAUACUUUAAAAUCAAAAAAUAAAUAUUAAUAACAACAAAUUUCAACUGUGCGAUAUUUUUAGUAUCCAAAGAAAACCUUGAUAAAUUCAGUGGUGAUAGGUUAAAAGUGAAGGUAUUCUAAAUAUGUUACGAAACUAGCUACGUAGGGUUGUAAUCCAUAAGUCAACAUGAAUUAGAUUAAGUCAAUACUUUGGUAACGUAAUAUCACAAAGCCUUAGAGUCGGUUACUCAGAUUAGCAUGUCUCUGCAAGUUUGGUAAAAACAAAAAAGAACCGAUUCGAAAAUAGUGACAUGUCAAGGCGAAGCUGUUUAAAAAAGCAGAAACAUCGAGUUGCAUCAGAUGUAGUAGGACCUCAGGAUGAGCGAGACAUCCAAUUUUUAAAAAACUUCAGAAGAACCAAAUCUUAUCCGGAGGAAUUACUUCGCGAUUCCUUGCGACGUUUAGAUUUGAAAAAGUUGAAUGCGAUUGACAACAACAAUGGCAAAGUAGACGAUGCGGAUGAUAUAGACGAUACGGAUGAAGUCUACUUUGCAAAAGCAUAUGCUCAUAACAAGCGCUUAAAAAGUAGCGGAGAACUUCAAAGUGCCUUAGUAACAUUAGCAAUACGUGACGGAGAUGUGAUACAGCUGUGGAGAUUAUUAGGGAGAAAAGACGUGGAUAUAAACUACAUGGAUGGAUUAGGUAUGCAACCAAUACACUAUGCGUGUUUAUACGGAGAACUUGAGAUUUUGAAAGCUUUAUUGCAAUAUAAUGUGAACAUAAAUUCUCCUACAAAACAGGGUGAAUAUGGACUAGACAUAGCAGUAAGAGAAGGAAAUUUCGAAACCGCUCAAUACCUCGUAAACAAAGGAGCACGUGUCAAAAGUAUUGUGAACGGAAUAACGGAUAAGACUAAUUUGAACAGAAAAAAAAGUGGUUCCGUUCCUAUAAAUGGUGGUAAAGCCUAUGAAUUGUGAAUUGAUUUUUCGAAGUGAUUUUCUUUUCAACACUAAGUAAGUUUGGUAAUGGCAAAACAUCAAGCUGGUAAAGCCGAAUUUCUACUAAACAGCAAAGCGGGACAAAACAGAACGAAACAAGAAAAUACUUAAAUUUGAUUGGCUACCUAAUAAUUAUUCUUUUGUUUUUGUUUUUAUAUAUAUUUUUUUCGUACCUGUCCGCAAAAAAAGUUGAAACGAUUUUAACUUUCAUUUUUUAUCGGAUCGGAAAAUUCCAAAAAUCACAACAGUCUGUUCCGUUCCGAUUCUUUCCAAUUCAUUUUUGAAUGGAAAACACUGCUAAGGUGUUAAGUGAUGCUAAAUAAAAGUAAAUUGUAAUUUAAGAAGAAGAUCUUGCAACAACACAAUACAGAAAAUAUUAAGUUGUGGAAAGAAAAUGUAAAAUAUGUCAUAAAUUUAUUAAAUAAAUAAAAACGGAUAAUGUUUAUACAA